AUGGCUUUCACCGAAGACAGCCUCAAGGCAAAGCUCUCAUCGCUCAAUGAGACGCAGGACGCCAUCUCCACUGUUGGUCAAUGGAUCCUCUUCCACAGACGACAUGCCGAGCGCAUUGCGCACGUAUGGCUCCAGCGUAUGAAGGAGUCGCCGCCAAACAAGAAGCUGGUCCUGAUCUAUCUCGCCAACGAAAUCACGCAAACCUCCAAGAUGCGCAAGAAGGACGAGUUCUUGCGCGCAUACGAACCCAUCCUUGCCGAAGGCACCACGGUAGCCUACAAAGGCUCUCCCCACGAGAUACAGAACAAGAUCCGAAGAGUAGUCGAGGUUUGGAGGCAGCGCAACAUCUUCAACCAGGCUGUACAGCAGGCAGUUGAAAGGUCGAUUGACGACGUCGAUCGAUCCAAGUCUACGCGCAAGCCUGCUCUUGGUGGAUCUCUCUUUUCCAGUUCCACUGUUCCACCUGAACUCACACCCGUCGCGCCCCUUGCGACGACCCUUCAGAAAGCCGAUCUUGCGACGAAACCCGCUGUCACGGCCGCGAACCAGGACUACGAGAAGCUUACCAACCCGAAUGCCGCAAUUCCAUCUCCACCCAUGCACGCAGCAGGGCUCGCUGCGCUCUGCAAGAAGCUUGCGCUGGCCGAAGGUGCCGUCGCAGAGAGCAUCAAGGCGCGCAAAGCCCUCAUCACCGGUCUUGAGCACCUUCUCGAAACGAACAAGAGAAAACUCAUCGACGAAGAGGCACAGGAGUCGGACCUGAAGACGCGCAAGGACGCGAUAGAAAGCAGAAAGCGCGCAGUCGAGGAAGCCAUUCUCAAAGGCCUUUCAGCGGCCGAGCAGAAUAGGAUCUCCACCGCGCCUCUCCCAGUCGCUACAACUUCGCCGGUCGCUGCCACUUUCUCAGCCGCGCAAGAACGACCCGAGGUAGAGGAACUUACUCCUCCGCCUAUGGAGUCCUUCACGCCUGUUGGAUCACCACAGCAAGUACCCGCACCCAGGAACGACCCGGUACCCGCCAUCCGCGACGACGAAAUGCCACAGCCCGUUGCCUAUCCCGUUGUACCAGAGACCGCUCCUGCGCCCGCGCACCACACGACCCAGCCCGAGUUCGCAACCGCAAUCGGCGAGCCGAACCAGCACCCAGCUGCAGAUCUCCUCAAGAGCCUACAACAUGCGCGACCAGGAGCUGAAGGUGGAGUCUACGGUCAGCAAGCGUAUGAGAACGCGCACAAGAAGAGGAAGAUGAGCAGGAAUGCGGCAGACGACGAUUUUGCGGCCUUUGCCGGCGACAGGGACAUGGCAGGUAUCGACGAUAAUUUUGCCGAGCUCAUCUGA